ACAAGAACGGCAGAAGAGGAACAUGGGUUACCUCCUUCAAAUCCUGCUCGCUUUGUUCAUUUCGGUCAUCGGCGGCCUCUACCUUCUGGGGGCUUUUCGUCGCAGACGGCCCGGAGAACCUCCUCUAGACAAAGGCCCAUUUCCCUGGCUUGGCCAUGUGCUGGAAUUCAGAAAAGACACAGCAAAAUUCCUGCAGAGAAUGAAAGAAAAGCAUGGUGAUAUAUUCACAGUACAGCUUGGAGGCUUUUACUUUACUUUCAUCACAGAUCCACUUUCUUUUGGCUCAGUGUUUAAAGAGGCAAGAGCAAAGCUGGACUUUACUAAGUUUGCAGAGGUACUGGUUGGAAGAGUAUUUGGUUAUCAUUCAAUGACAGAUGAACACAAGGCUCUCCAGACAUCAAGCACCAAACAUCUCAUGGGAGAUGGCCUGGUUGUCAUGACUCAAGCCAUGAUGAAAAAUCUCCAGAAUUUGAUGCUCCACAGUGUGGGAUCUGGGGAUGACAAGGGGUGGCAAGAAACAGGACUCUUUGCUUACAGCUACAACAUUGUCUUUCGUGCUGGCUACCUUACGCUGUUUGGUAAUGAGUCACCGAAAGGAGCAGGAUCUUUAGAGAAAGCUAAGGAAAUUGACCGGGAAAACGCAGAUAAACUAUUCUGCGAGUUCAGAAAAUAUGACCAGCUCUUUCCCAAUCUGGCUUAUGGUGUCCUGGGACCCAGUGAGAAGAUGGAGGCAGAGCGUUUAAAGAAACUGUUUUGGAACAUGCUUUCAGUGCAGAAAAUGAGCAACAGAGACAAUAUCAGCGGCUGGGUACAAGACCAACUGCAGGUCAGGGCUGAGAACGGCAUGCCAGAGUUCAUGCGUGAUCGAUACAUGUUUCUGCUUCUGUGGGCAUCUCAGGGAAACACGGGGCCGGCCGCCUUCUGGCUGCUUUUGUAUCUGAUGAAGCACCCCGAUGCUAUGAAAAAUGUCAAGAAAGAAGUCGAGGAGGUUCUCAGAGAAACUGGGCAGGAGGUGAAGCACGGUGGGCCAUUAAUUAACCUGACCAGAGAUAUGCUCCUCAAAACUCCCAUCUUAGACAGUGCAGUAGAGAAAACUCUCCGUCUGACAGUUGCCCCUGUCCUUAUAAGAGCCGUUCUGCAGGAUACGACCAUCAACAUGGCCAAUGGACAACAAUACAUCGUCCGUGAGGGUGAUAGAGUAGCAAUGUUUCCCUACACUGUCAUUCAAGUUGAUCCAGAGAUUCAUCCAGAUCCCUACACCUUCAAAUAUGACCGUUUUCUCACAGCAGAUGGAAACAAAAAAACUGAUUUUUACAAGGGUGGAAAGAAACUCAAGUACUACAACAUGCCCUGGGGAACUGGAACCACCAUGUGUCCUGGGAGAUUCUUUGUAACAAAUGAGCUCAAGCAGUUUGUUUUUCUCAUGUUGACAUACUUUGACUUUGAACUGAAAACCCCAGAUGAAGAAAUUCCAGGUAUUGAUGUCAGAAGGUGGGGUUUUGGCUCCAUGCAACCGACUACAGAAGUUCAGUUCAGAUACAGACUCAGAUUUUAAAACAUCAUGUAAGGAUGAUGUCAGAUUCUGACUAAAGUUAGCCAUCCCCAAAGAACUCAGCAUGGGUGCCCGGGCAACUAGGACAUCUAAAGAGAAAUUUCCACACCACAAAAAACUCUUACAGUGAAUCAGAACUUCUUACAGUGGACAUCCCACAGAGACACAUUUGGGUUUUCAAACAUAGCCAGAACAAUAUAAAUCAACUGAACAGUUCUGAACAGUUUUGUUCAAUAACAUUAAAUUAAAACAUAUAUACUAAAACACCCAUCAACAAACCAUAGGAAACUGCAAGCUAAUGCUACCACGCUAUUACUACAAGGAUUAUGCAAACCUCCCCUAACUAGACAGCAAGAAACGCAAAACUUCUAAAACCCCCGUCACUACCGUUGUGCCACUGGCUGUGUCCGAAAACUCUAAGUUAAAUUGAAUUUUCGGAUAGCCAAGGCUGUGUAACCAUGUUUUUUUAACUGUAGUAAAACCAUGGUUAAUUUUCGUAAAGAAAUACUGCUGAAUAGACCUCCGAGCUGUGUGUACUGUAUGAUAACCAGACAUUGGUGGACGGGAGCUAAUAUAAAUAGCGUUUGCCAACAGCUGGGGGCGCAGUGAGAAAAUCUGCAAAUCUACUUGUGCCCCGUACGUAGACCAGGACUUGUUCAAAUUCCUAAAAUCCAUCGUGCUUCCUAGGGGUCAUUCAGUAACACAAGAAAAUACUUGUAAACAAGAAUGCAAAGUUUAAGGUCAAGGUGAAUAUUAUUUUAUAUUAACAGUGUUUUCUGAUAUAAUCUUUAAAUUUUUGCUUAAAUGUAACUGAAAUACAGUUUGUUUCUGAAUUAACAAUAUUUUCUGG